GUGUCAAAGAGUUCGAAAAGUAGAAAUUUGUAAAAAAUACUGGAAAAAUAAUAAUAACGAACAACGAAACGAAGUAUUUUGACUUUGAGUUAUAGAAUUUGAAUUCAGGAUUUGACUGUUGCGUUAUAAGAUACAAGGUUUUCCAAUAGUUUUAGUGUAGGACUGUAGGUGUUCUUCGAAUAAGCACUGCAGAAUAGCUCAGUUGCAGCAAUAGAACAGUUGGUUGGCGUCGAGUCGAGUGGUGACUGGUGCGCGGGGCGGCGUGUGAUGGUGUAGCGCAGCAUGUCCAACGUGGAGAACGUGUGUCCGCAGGUGCUGCGCGGCGUGGCGCGCGAGCUGCGCCGCCUGGCCGCCAGCCCGCCCGCCGGCGUCAAGGUGCUGCUGCGCGAGGACGACCUCACCGACGUCACGGCGCUCAUCGACGGGCCCGCCGACACGCCGUACGCCGGCGGCGUGUUCCGCGUGCGCCUGGCGCUGGGCCGCGAGUUCCCCGCCGCGCCGCCGCGCGCCUACUUCGUGACGCGCAUCUUCCACCCCAACGUGUCGGCGGCGGGCGAGGUGUGCGUCAACACGCUGAAGCGCGACUGGCGGCCCGAGCUGGGCCUGGCGCACGCGCUGCUGGCCGUGCGCUGCCUGCUCAUCGCGCCCAACGCCGACUCGGCGCUCAACGCCGACGCCGCCGCGCUGCUGCGCGACCGCUACGACGACUACUUCGCGCGCGCCAAGCUCUACACCGACAUCCACGCGCGCCCGUCGGCCGCCGGCGCCGCCGCGCCCGCCGCGACCGCCGCGCCCGCCGCGCCCGCCGCGACCGUCGCCGCCGCGCCCGCCGCGCCCGCCGCGACCGACGCGCCACGCGCCAAGCGCUCGCGCCGCGCCGAGCCCAAGCGCGACGCGCGCCGCAUCCUGAAGCGCUUAUGAGUCUCCGACGCGACGCUGCGCCAGGCGGAGGAGCAUGUUUCGUGUAGUUGUAUUUAUUUUAUUAAAUAAUGUCAAAUAA